AUGGAGGCAACAAAUUUAGCUAUAUCUCCAAGGGAGACACUCAAAUCUCGACCUGACCACAAAUCACUAGAAAUCAAUAGUAAACCAAAUCAAGUCGGCACAGUACUGUUAUAUGGAGUACCAAUCGUCUCUUUGGUGAUAGAGGGGAAUGAGCGAUUAUGUCUCGCCCAGAUAUCAAACACACUGUUAAAGCAGUUUUCAUAUAAUGAGAUCCACAAUAGACGAGUAGCGUUAGGCAUAACUUGUGUCCAGUGUACUCCAGUGCAGCUUGAAAUCUUGAGGCGGGCGGGAGCUAUGCCCGUGUCUUCUAGACGUUGUGGUAUGAUAACACGUCGAGAAGCUGAACGUCUAUGCAAAUCAUUCCUGGGUGACAAUGCUCCGCCCAGGUUACCUGAUGACUUCGCUUUUGCCGUUCAUCAUGAGUGCGCUUGGGGUUGUCGCGGCGCUUUUUUACCGGCUAGAUACAACUCAUCUCGCGCCAAGUGCAUCAAAUGCACAUACUGCGGUUUGUUCUUUUCACCAAAUAAAUUCAUUUUCCACUCUCAUCGAGUGGGCCCAGGUGAUAAGUAUGUGCAACCGGAUGCUGCUAACUUCAACUCUUGGCGACGACACAUGAAACUUAGUGGGAAUCCUCCCGUCGAGGUAGUCCACGCCUGGGAAGACGUAAAGGCAAUGUUUAACGGGGGAACGAGGAAACGGAUGUUAUCAGCUGCUAGAAGAGUGCCUAUUCGCAGGCCGGAGGACAGCGAAGCCAAGCGUGUGCCUGCCAGCCCACCAAGUGCACAUACACCUGUGCCUAGACUUGCUGACUAUGUCUGGGGAGCCAGGCUACCUCUCCCUUACGCUCUACCAUGGCUGAAGCCAAGUUUAUGGACACCAGGUGCACUAACUGCACUCAGUGGCGUGGGGGGUAUGGAGGAACCACGAGCUUUCCGACCUGUCAUCACACACCGACUGGAUUCUCCGCAGAUAUCACCACUUACUUCACCUUCCCGAUCACCUAAUAGUAGAUCGCCUCUAAACAAAUCACCAAACAGUCGGUCGCCACUUCGCUCUCCACGGCAGUCACCAACCCGCUCCCCGCUACGCUCCCCGCUCCGCUCAUCACCAGCGCGUUCAACAAAGAGCGACCGAGAUAGCGACGAGAGCGUAGAUAUCGAAACCACGGAAGAUGAUCAGAAUAAGGAUUUGACCUGCGCUUGGCCUUGUCGUUCAACUGCAACACCUCGGCCGGAGUGCUGGAGUGCGAUACCUCUGGUGCCGAAGGUGGAACGUGAAGAAGAACCCUGGAGACUUCCAGACCUCCGCCCUCCUCUACAUUUUGUACACGACCGUGAACGAGAGGGCUGCGCCGCUUGCGUGGCUCCAAUGCCGCUUUUUCGUUUGAGAGUAGCAAAAAUGGGUCGUUAUUCUAAGGAGCCCGAUAAUCCAGCGAAAUCAUGCAAGGCGCGUGGAUCAAAUCUCCGCGUUCACUUCAAGAACACCUAUGAAACAGCUAUGGCUAUCAAAAAGAUGCCUCUUCGUCGGGCUGUCCGCUACCUUAAGAAUGUCACAGAAAAAAAGGAAUGCAUUCCAUUCCGUAGAUUUAAUGGUGGUGUAGGCAGAUGUGCACAAGCCAAGCAAUUUGGAACCACACAGGGUCGGUGGCCAAAGAAAUCUGCUGAAUUUCUUCUGCAGUUAUUGCGGAAUGCGGAAUCUAAUGCUGACUACAAGGGCUUGGAUGUUGACAGGCUCGUCAUUGACCACAUUCAGGUAAACCGUGCUCCCUGCCUGCGAAGACGUACCUACCGUGCUCAUGGUCGUAUUAACCCCUACAUGUCAUCUCCAUGCCACAUCGAAGUGUGCCUCAGUGAACGUGAAGACGCGGUCGCCCGUGCUGCGCCAACAGACGACGCGCCCGCCAAGAAGAAGCUCUCGAAAAAGAAGCUUGCUCGCCAAAAGGAAAAGAUGAUGAGAGAAUAG